UACACUGUAAUGACAAGUUAAUUAGCUAUGUCUGUCACUGAAUCCUGUUUUUCAGUUAUUCAGUAACAGUUUGAAACUGAAGCUGUGCAUUGAAUCAAAUCACGAAAGUAAAAAUGCAUAGUACAGAUAUAAUUUCAAGAUUUUUAAUAGUACUAUUAUCAAUAAAUUUAAUCAAGUGCAAUCCUUGCUGUCAGAUCAACUCUUAUAAAUUGCCAAGUUAUAAAUUAAUGAAAUCUAAUGCUCGUUUGAAUCAGUUAAUACUGUCGAGAACAAUGGUUCUGAACGUGAGAGAGUGCAUGAAAUUUGCUACGGCCAAGAAAGCCCUGGCAUUCAAUUACGGCUUGGAAACUGAUCAUCACGAUGACCUCAGACACAAUAAAAGCAUCAAAAAGACCCAAAAAAGGUGCGAAGCUCUCCAAUGUCCUGAGGUACAUAACUUGACUAUGUUGGCAAGGGACAAGAAUUACAACUACUAUAGCACCUAUCCCACUUCCUUGGCACUUGGCUCUAAUUACACGCUGGCUUGCAUCCCUAGGACAGGUGUGUUUGUAUUUUCAAACAAUAAUUUGAAUUACAGCCAGGCACAAGCAGCCUGCCAAAAGAUGAAUGCUUCGUUGGCUCACGUAAUUAGUGAAGAACGUACGAACGGUUUUGCGAAAUAUAUUUCACAAAAUACACCCACUUUUGUUGGACUCAGCAAUCAUGAUAGGAAGAGUCUGUGGAAAAAUGAAUUCGGAGAACCACUUUCAUGUUUCAAUUAUAGAGCAUGGGGUAGGGGAGAGCCAUCACACUCCAAGGGAUGUGUUACUUUAGUACUGCAAUCCAAAUCAGAACUUAGCCCUUUUUGGAAAGUUGUAUCCUGUGGCAGUACACUACCUUUUAUUUGUGAGAUUCCACCUAUGUAGAUUCUAAGUAUUAACAUAAUUUAAAAU